CAAGUACUCAAAGUAGCUUUGGUUAAAAUCCCAACUGGAUUGCAAAGAAUUCAAAACAAGUUGAUAUCAAGUCAUAUACCCAAAUAAAGGGAGAAACACAAGAACAGAAAACACCGGAGAAAACCACAGCGAUGAAGUUCUCCUAUACCCCAUUACUCGACCGCAAAUACAACGGAGAUGACAGCCCGGACGUGCGAUCCAGAAAAGUAUGGAACCACCGACGCUCCGUCAAAGUAUUUACUUCAACACCAAGCCACCAGGACACUCUCCGAUGUUAUGCAUCGAUGCCCCGAGGAAUGUACUCAGUCAACCACAAACUAGCAGCUAUGGAUCGCGAUCGACAUAAUCAAUUUGCCUGGCACAAAUAUGGGAAUUCGGUAUUGAGGAAGGAGCUAUUUCCAACGCUUCCUGGCCCUCUUGUCUCAGAUUGGUAUGUUGUGCCCCAAGAUGGUAUUGCUGGUUUACUGAACCGAUGGCAGUGAACGACAUUUUAAGCAUAUCUCAAAGAAAGACGAGGGGAGCGCAAGCCGUUCGGAGGAAGAGGACAAUGGUUUCGCGUACGUUCAAAAGGAGAGGCAGAGAAGGAAAUCAACGAAUCGAUUCGAGUGAUACACCAGAAUUUGUUGCUGUUCAAGCGCAGGAGCUCCAUCCAGAACCAGGCAAUUGGCAAUUGAGAACAGUAGAUGCUAUACAGAAGAGCUCUGCAUCAUGUCAGCGGGAAGGAACUGUGCAAAAGGUCGUGGAACGGAAUCUGGACUGCUUCGAGGAGUUGGAUUGGGUUGACGUAGAGGACGAAGACAUCUUUGAAACCCGAGUAGCAGAGGCGGACAUAGACGAUGAAUACGUUUGGGUAUAG